AUGGUCGCCUACGCCCUCGGCCACCACCCCGAGGCCGAGCAUGCUGCAGAGAAGCUUCGGGAGGCCUCUGUGCCCAUCUCUGACUCCUUAUGCCGAGCUUGUUCGGAUCCCUGUGAUCUUGGUCACGACGAAUACCCAAAGUUCGACGUGGACGCGGAGAUGGAGAUGCUGGGAUCUGUAAAGCCUUACGGGCGUCAGGUUGUCAUUUCCUCGGGCAAGACAGACUGGGCCCGAGACGUCACGGCGGUUGGCGACACGCUCGCCGCACAUCUCACCAUGAGACCUCCCCCGCCAAAGCACCAGAAGAUCACGAUUCUCAACGGCAGCCAUCGCCCCGUAUCCCACGAGGACCGCAAGGAGACCGUGCUCGUCUUUCCCGACUACAUCGUCCUGGCCGAGGUCACGAACUCGCGCGAGGGCGCUGCCGUGCUCUGGGAGCACACAGUCAGCCCUGCCGUCCCCCUCCAUGUGCCUCCGGAGCCAAGCCCGAACGCGAAGUCUUGGAUCCUGCCGUACGCGUGUGUCAUUCUGCUCUGCUCCCACAAGAGGCGCGACAACCGUUGCGCGAUCGCCGCCCCAAAGCUCGAGCACGCGCUCACCGCGGCGCUCGCGCGCGAGGGGUGGGAGGUGCACACCGAGGUCGAAGAUCCGUCCCUGCACGGCCCUGCGCUCGAAGACGACCCCGCGCUCCAGCAAGCAGGCACACAGGGCGGCGCGGCAGCAGACACGUCCGACGUCGGGGCCGACGCGCGCCAGGCAGCCAUGCGCGCGCGGCUGGCGGCGGCAGCGGAAGAGAAGCGCGCACUCAUCGUGUUCUGCUCACACAUCGGCGGACACAAGUACGCCGGGAAUGUCAUCAUCAACACCCCUCGCGGAGUAUCGGUGUGGUACGGUCGGGUCACGCCGCACGAGGUCGACGCGAUCGUGAGGGAGACGAUCAUCGGCGGGAGGAUCCUCCCGGCGCUGCUCCGGGGCGGGAUGAACUUGUGCGCGCCGGGCCACCAGAGCCUGCACGAGUGGUAG